AUGCCCUUUAAAUGCUUCCAACGGAUAGCACUGAUCGUUUGUUUCGUAGCUGUAAUGUUCAUUUUGAUCUUAUACAGAGUUGCGAUAGAAAGCAACUGUCGGCAAGUGACGUCAGAUGCUAGGAUUUUAUUUACUAAACCGCUGAAAGAAGCUAAUGAGGUAAAAGUUGUUUCAAUGUCACUGUACGGUAGCCAGCCGAGGUAUGUAGGAGGAGCAUUGAAGAAUGCAGAGUUGGUCAAAAAGAAUUUCCCCGGCUGGACCUUACGGGUUUACGUGGACUCGUCAAACUCCUCCAAGUAUGAAGCUGUUCCAUCCAAUGUUCUGAAGGAAUUGGAAGGCCUUGGUGUUGAUGUUCACCGCGUGGAGAACGACGAACUCUCCGUGCCACCGAUGAUGUGGAGAUUCUUAGUAGCAGACGACCCCACAGUCGAUCGCUUCAUCAUUCGAGAUUCAGACUCCAGACUGACGGAGCGGGAUUACAAAGGUGUUCAGGUGUGGAUGGCUUCCAGGCAAGCAUUCCACUGCGUCAGGGAUCACCCGAGCCAUGCAAUGUACGCAAUAUCCGGAGGUCUUUGGGGCGCAAGAUCCAAAAUACUUCGAGAAAUUUUGAAUGUUUCUUGGCUCAGAGAAACUCAAAACGCGUCGUCAUCUUACAUGAGUGAUAUGGACUUCCUGAACGAGAAAAUCUGGCCGAGAGUUUCGAAGCACGCCUUCUGCACCGACAGCGUCUCUUGUGGAAGAUAUCCUAAUUCAUUUCCAUUCACCGAACCAAGAAAAAACUUCGAGCACAUUGGGCAGGCUAGUUGA